AUGGCUUCUCUCAUCUUAGGCGCUUUGAUACGUCUCAGCUUCUCUCAAGACUCCCGGGAAGAGAUACAAUCCGAAUCCUCAGUCAUCAAAAUCCGGAUUGACCCUAUAGGAUUGACAGAGGAUAUUAUUAGCGUUGAAAGUCCGAAGCAAUCCAAAAACAGAUUUGUGAGCUUCACUGAGCGUUUCAUACCAAAGAAAAUGCUCAAAUCGUCGCCUGAUUUGGUGGAGACUUCUGCCACUGGGUUUCGGGCAGCAACCCGCCAGUGGAGGGAUGCCAAUUCGAAACCAAAAGAAUUAGCCGAACUCGCCGGACGCUCAAGCUUGCUCUGGGGCCGGACUGUAAGGAGGCUACAGAUAGAUGAUGACCUUGACGGAGCACUGGGAGCCUUAAUUGUAUGCGAGGCGUAUACAACCAAUGCAGUUGCCACAAAGAUCAAAGUCAAUACAUUGCCAUCAUUCGCAACCACAGAACGAUUUCUAUCAGAAUUUAGACAGCUUGGGGACAUAUAUCUCCCGCAGAGGACGAGACGCAAUCUCGGGCAAAUCUUUUUUCUUCAGCUUCACCAUGCCAACCUUAACCUAUUUUCUGACUUCUUACAGAGCUUCACAAUGGAUUAUGCAGCCCCUCGCAUGUUCAUGUACGACCCUCGGGAAGUCGAACUGCGGCGCUGGAAUCUUAAAGCCAUCAUGACGGACUCUCAUCUCUAUAGACAACUCAGAAGCCUUGCUGCCGAGCUGACAGCUACCACUGAGUCGUUGCUUGACGUCGUCUUGGCCCUGGAUGACGGUAUAGGGGAGAACAGCACAAGGCUGGCAGUUCUGGGUGCUGAGAUCCGGGGCUGUAGCAAGGACAUCAUGACGCGUCUCAGCAGGAUUUCAGGCGACCUGGAUCACAAUCUCCAGCUACUGAGACUAUCCAAGGAAAUGAGCCAGUCGAGCAACGUCCAGAUGUUAACGCUUCUAGCUACAAUUUUCCUACUUCUGUCCCUAUCAGCAGGCGUCCUUAGUAUGCAGUCACGCUUCAAGGACUUGGGCGAUCUGCUGUACGAUUUCUUCGGCGCUGUGGUUCUGCUCGCAGCGGCAGUUGCGCUUUUGGUUGUGAUCAUGCUUUUGCUCUCCUCGGCGAAAGAGCUGGAGAGCAGACUCUUCAAGUACCAUUGGUACAAGGCGAUACUGCGUCCUGCUCUGUUGGCCACGAUAUUUGGCAUCACGUUGACACUGGGCGCCCUCGUGCUAACAUCCUUCGUGGUGGGCAUGUUUAAAGACGUGGUACUUGGGGCAAAGAUUCUGGGCUAUGUAAUCGCCGCGGCGAUUGGCGCAUUGGUGGUGAUUCCAUAUACAGUUUUUAUGGUGUUUUGGCUUCCCACCUUAUGGGAAUUCGGGGGGGCCAAGAAAAAGCAAAGUGACCUCGAAGGCGAGCCGAAAGGAAAGGAAGCUGUUGUUGGUGGCUCCAAGGAUGCCGGUGUCAAGAUACAAGCUGAGCCUUCUGGUUCCAAUUGCCAGGAUGCCAGCUCCACGGCGCCAACCGCGCGUGCUGUAAAUCAGUCGCCAGAAGAUACAAGUAGAUAGCAUGCUAAAUGC